AUGGUGGUUGCCGUCGCGUCGCCUUCGUCAGCGGCACCGGCACCCUCCGCCGGCCGUCUCCAUCCGACAUACAAGGAGAUGAUCAUGCAGGCGCUGACGGAGCUGCGGGACCCGGGCGGGUCGAGCCGCAGCGCCAUCGCCAACUACAUCGCCGACCACUUCUCCGGCCUCCACUCUCGCCACGACGCCCUCCUCUCCGUCCAUCUCCGCAGCCUCAGGUCCCAUGGCCAGCUUCGCCUCGUCUCUGGCAACUACUUCGUCUCCACCGCCACUCAGCAGCCUGCUCCGGGGCAGAAGCGUGGUCGGGGGCGGCCUCGCAAGAACCCAGAUUUAGCCCCUUCCGCUUUGAUUCCGGCGUUUCAGGGCCCCAAGCGAGGGCGUGGACGCCCGCGCAAGAACGCCCUAGACCCGGUGGCUUCUUCUCCUUCGCCGCUGCAGGGAGCAAGUGCUCCGCCGCCUCCAUCUGGGGUCAAGAGGGGGCGUGGACGCCCGCGGAAGGACGCCCUUGUCCCUGUGCGUUCCUCCUUUUCACAGCUGCUGAAAGCUAUUGCUCCACCACCUCCGUCUGGGGUCAAGCGGGGGCGCGGACGCCCGCGCAAGAAUGCCUACCCCGCUGUGGCGCCGUUGGUGGGAGUUGAACAGGGACCUUCUGGUGGACAACCACAGAGGAAUACGGUUCCUCUCUCACCGCCACCUGCUACCAUGCCCCACAGUGGUGAGAGUAAGCCUGUCCGGCCGCUCAGGGUUGCUGUUGAUGUUAAUGCUUUGCGUGGUUCCUCCAUGAACAUAUCUGCCUGUAGUAACAGUGUGGUUGCGAGGGCGUGGGAGGCCCAGAAAGGAGAAGGCAUUGAAACUAGCCACUUGAAAGCCGCACAAAUGACUGAGGGUCAACAUGAAGCUCUGACCGCACAAGCUGCAGACCAAGCUGGGUCUGUCCAAAAUGAAGUUGAAGCCAAGGAUCUGCAAUCCUCGGGUACUUCUUUGACAGAGAAGAAGAUGACUGAGGGUCAACAGGAAGCUCUGACUGCACAAGCUGCAGACCAAGCUGGGGCUGUGCAAAAUGAAGUUGAAGCUAGGGAUUUGCAAUCCUUGGAAGCAGGGGUUGCUGCAUCAGCAGUGAAGAGAAGCCGUGGGAGGCCAAGAAAGGAGAAGACUUUAGAAACUGGGAACUCGAAGGGUGGACAGAUGACUGAGGGUCGACAUGAAGCUCUGCCUGCACAAGCUGUAGACCAAACUGGGCCUAUGGAAAAUGAAGUUGAAGCUAGGAUUUUGCAAUCCUUGGGUACUUCUUUGACAGAGAAGAUGACUGAGGGUCAACAGGAAGCUCUGACUGCACAAGCUGCAGACCAAGCUGGGGCUGUGCAAAAUGAAGUUGAAGCUUGGGAUUUGCAAUCCUUGGGUACUUCUUUUACAGAGAAGAGAGGCCGCGGGCGUCCUAGAAAGAGGCCGCUGGAAACCGAAACUGCAGAAGCAGGGGUUCCUGCAUCCACAGUGAAGAGAGGCCGUGGGAGGCCAAGAAAGGAGAAGACAUUGGAAACUGGGGACUUGAAAGUUGCACAGAUGACUGAGGGUCAACAUGAAGCUCUGCCUGCACAAGCUGUAGACCAAGGUGGGCCUAUGCAAAAUGAAGUUGAAGCUAGGAUUUUGCAAUCCUUUGGUACUCCUUUGAUGGAGAAGAGAGGUCGUGGGCGACCUAGAAAGAAGCCAUUGGAAACUGAAACUGCAGAAACCCAAGGUGAUGCAUUGGUGAAGAAGCGACGGCGUGGCAGGCCAAGAAAGGCCAGGCCUUUUGAAACUGGGUCUGCGGAAACUGCAGUUGAGGUGUCUAGGGACUUGACAGAAGAUGGGCCUGAAAAAGAUGGGGAUCUUGUGUCAGGGAAGAAAGCAGAAGCUCAAGGUGUACUUUUGGUUGAGGGGAUAGACAAUUGCCCUGCAGAUGCUGGAUGUUUGGUAGUGUCAAGAGAGGAGGUACCAAUUGCUCCGAUGGAUGCUGGAGGUGUGCUAUUAUCUGGAGAGGAGGCAUCCAUUGCUCCCAUGGAUGCUGGGCGUGCAACGACAAGGGUUGAUCCGAUGGAUGUGGGCACCAAGAGUCAUUAG